CUCCGCGGAGCCGUUGGUGUUUUGUAUUCCCAGAAAGAAAAUAGACAUUUUGGAGAAGCUGAGCUCCAGAACGACACCUUUUAACCUCCUGCAGCGAGUAAAGCUCAAUUAUCUUCUGUUUCCGAACAUUUAAUGUGCCUUUCAACUCAUUGUUAUUACAGAUAAAUAGCCAAGGGAGGCAGAAUAUCACAUAUAUUCGGCUGUAAACUUGUAGUCCCGUUAGCUACGUUGUUGCUAAGCUAACGUUAGCUGCGGUUUGGUCGUGAUGGCUGACUUCAGCAGCAGGAUCAUGACGUCUGCUGAACACUCGGCGGUCACAGCUGGGCCUGCAGGAAAAGCGUCGUCCUCCUCAGUCGGGUCAGGAAAUGGAAGCUGGGACGGCGUGGGCGGGUUGGACCAGAUAACAGUUGUGAGGAUAGACGACACGCACAUCGCGGAGGAUAAAGACGCUGCAGUGUGCUACGAGGUGGAGUACUCGAUGCCUGCUGAGGACGAGGUUGCCGGAGAGGAAGAGGAGGACGGCGUUUACGUCAUCGAGUAUUCAAAUCCAGAAGAGGAGGGAGAGAGCUACCAGUUCACGAUGUCCGUGGAUCGAUCGCUCCCGGCCAAAAAGCCGAUAAUUAACCAUCCUGCGGCGAGAGAGAGCGCCAGAGCUCCUUUACCCGUGAUGUCCAAACCGGUCAGACCUCAGAGGCCGAGGCAGAAGAGGAAGCUAGAGGUGAAGCAGCUGGAGGUGAAGCAGCUGGAGGUGAAGCAGCUGGAGGUGAAGCAGCAGGAGGUGAAGCGGCAGGAGGUGAAGCGGCAGGAGGUGAAGCGGCAGGAGGUGAAGCGGCAGCAGGAGGUGAAGCAGCUGGAGGUGAAGCAGCUGGAGGUGAAGCAGCUGCAGGAGGUGAAGCAGCAGGAGGUCGUGAGCAAUAAGUGCGUGCUGGAGCUCGGAGAGGACUACAGAGAAGUGAUGGGGAUGAACUUGGGCUCCGAUAAAAAACAGCUGAUGUGCACGCUGUGCCCGCAGCCCGGCCGCUUGUUCAAGAGAGCCGCCGGUUUGGCCGUACAUUUAAAACACAUGCACCUCCUGGAGGCCAAGAAGACGUUCUUCUGCUCGUCGUGCCAGCAGUCGGUUCGCUCUCAGAUCGAACUGGACGCACACACAAAACGCCACGCCAACCAGGACGCCGUGUUCACCUGCCUCCUCUGCCCGGCGGAGAUGACGGGGUACAAAGGCUCCAGGUGGGGUCUGAGGAGACACCUGGAGAAGGAGCACCGGGGCGUCAUCCCUCGCUGCGACAUCUGCAACAAAGGCUUCACGUCGCUCGUGUCGUACCUGGCCGAUCAGUUCAGGCACGUCGGCGUGUCGCCCUACUACUGCGCCAGGUGUCAGAUCUACGAAAUGACUGAAAGAGGUCUGAACGUUCACAUGAAGAACGACAGCAAGAAGAAGAAGCAGGAGUCUGAUGAAAGCAACCUGCAGGCGGCGGGAGUCUCCGCCAACGCCGAUAACUCUGCCACGGACGACUCCGACUUCUGACACGUUUUGUUUUGUGCGUUUAAGAUUAAAGCAGCAGAAGCUCAGUGACCUCUUCAUCAUCUUUGACGGGUCGGAGCUGAACGUCAAGUUGUUUAUAACUUGUGGAGUUUUCUGUCUUCGUCACACGAGGACAAAACGUUUCGGUAACUGGCUGUUGUUGAGAGAGCUGAAGGAAUAUUUAAUUUGUUCAUAACUUGGGUCUUGUUUCAACUUCAUGUAAAGGAAAAGUUUGACCUGUGCACCGUUCCAGUUUAUCUUGUGACGUCUGUAAAUGUUUGGUUUUGAUGUAUUAUGAUUUAUAACGGCGUUAAACAGCAGAAUCCUCACUUCAAGCUCAAACCAAAACAUUUUUACUUUUGUGAUUAUGCUCCAAUAUGAAUAAGACCCAGGUUGUAAAAGAAGCUCGUGCUCUAUUUGUUCUUCUUCAUUAGUGUGUGUGUGUGUGUGUGUGUGUGUGUGUUUAUAUACUGUAUGUUCUGUGAUCAAGUUAUUCCAGCUGCAGUAGAAGAAAGUAACUCAUGCAGCUUCACGGCACUGAGGAGAAUGUAAAGCGAUGUUUGCAGGCAGCAGCUGCUUUAAAGUCCCAUUUUCUCACAUUUCAUACACGUCUACUUCCUGUCCACAGACUUCUACUUCCUGUCCACAGACUUCUACUUCCUGUCCACAGACUUCUUUCCAUCUUGGACUGAACAGCUGCAGGUUUAGUGUCUCCAGCUUCUACCAGCUGACAGAUCUGUCAGUACAGAGAAAUACGUUUUUACAGAAACUACAGUCUCGUCUUUUUCUUCUGAAGCUUUCGAUGCUCAGAUGUCAAAAGGACGUCGAAGUGUGCAGAAUCUUUUUUAUUCAAACUACAAUUAAAGAUGUGACGAACAGAAGAACAGCGACUGAACUGUGGAACUCUAAUCCGUUUAAAGAUAUGUUAUAUAUUUGGCUCAGCAGGAAGAACACGCGGCUACAUUUGAAUUGUUUUAAAUCUUUAACGAUCAUUUAAGUUGUUUAAGAAGUAAAAAAUACCAAAGUUUGGACUCAAAGAGACAUUUAAAAUAAUGAAUUAAGUGAAGUUCAUUUAAAGUUUCUCACUUUUUGGUUUUAACGCCCUCAAAACAAAUCAGAUACUUUGGACUCGUUUUAUUAUUUACAAGGAUUUUGUGGUCAAAGAUAUAUUUUCUGUCUUCACGCGAUGAUCUGUCACAUCUUCAAGUGAAAACAUUUAACUCAACGCACGAUGAUGAAAACACUGAACGUUGAGAAGAUCUGACACUUUGUUCACUGAAUUAAUCCGUGAGAUUAUGAAGAAAGGUUUCAUUUCUUUAUGUAACCGGAAUAAAGAAAUAAAAACAAACCAACCGUGAAUAUUCUUCUUUUGGACGAAGAAACAACGAUUGAAAAUAUAAACACAACAAUCUUUUUAUUUUUGAAAAGCUUGUUCUUUGUAAUUUGUAUGUUUUGUUGUAACAUGAUCUUUGUGUCAUUAAAGGGACAUACCUCUGACCUUUAAA